AUGACGGCAGCGCUGACCUGCGAGGGCGCCAAACGCAUGUGCUCCCAGGGCUUCCGCUCGCCGGACCCGGCGAAGUCGGAGUACAGCACGUACGCCAAGGUGAUUGAGGACAAGUUCCCGCAGGAGGCGCCGGAGCUCUUCAGCCUCCACCCUAACGCGGAGAUCGGCUACCUCACCAACCAGGGCUUCUCGAUCUUCAAGACGGUCCAGGGCAUCUCCGGGUCCGACGCGGGGGCGGUCGCCAUGGACAUCUCGGCCAGCAAGGACAUCCUCACACAGUACCUCGAGGAGCUGCCCACGGAUCUCGACAUGAUGGAGAUACGCAGCAGGCUUCGAGACGAGGACUACACGCCGUACGUCAUCGCCUCCCUCCAGGAGAGCGACCGCAUGAACCUCCUGCUGCAGAGGAUCCGCGGCUCGCUGCAAGAGCUGGAGCUCGGCAUCGGCGGGCAGCUCAACGUCACCGAGGGCAUGGAGAAGCUGGCAGACGCCCUGCAGCUCAACAGGGUGGCGGAGAUGUGGCGGGAGCUGGCAUACCCCUCGCUGAAGCCCCUGGGCAUGUGGUUCGCGGACCUGCUCAAGCGCGCGGACCAGUUGGUUCAUUGGACCGGGGCCCAGAACGGGCUGCUCCUGUCCACCUGGAUCUCGGGGCUGUUCAACCCGAUGGCGUUCCUGACCGCCGUGAUGCAGGUCACCGCCCGGGACCGCGCGAUGCCGCUGGACUUCAUGACCAACCGCGUGACCUUCUUGAACAUCAUGGACCCUGCCGACUACCUCGGCGCCCCCGCCACCGGCGUCUACGUCCACGGGCUCUUCCUCGAGGGCGCGAGCUGGGAGGAGGGCAAGGGCGACGAGGAGGGGUACAUCACCGCGAGCAAGAUGAAGGAGCUGCACACACAGAUGCCCGUGGUGAACGUGUUCUCGGUGCUCGGGGAAGAGAUGAGCUGGGAGGGCAUGUACCGGUGCCCAGUCUUCAUGACGGCGGAGCGGGGCGCCACCUACGUCACCAUGGUGAACGUCCACAUGGACCGCGACGACGACGAGCGGGUCUGGGUCCUCGCCGGGGCCGCCCUGGUGCUGACCGACGACGGCAGAUGA